GCAAGUUUUCUUCCUUCUCAGAUUUUCCUUCAUGAAUUUUUUUCUGCAUCCAAACACACUUUUCAUGCUUUGAAAAACAAUCCAAUUUUCAAAGAAAAUCUCAUUUUUGGUCUUCAAUCUUAAAAUUACUGGCUUCAGUGUGUUGAUAAAAUGGAGCACAUAAUAAAAAUAAAAAUAAAAAAACAAGAAAGAAAAAUGAUUUUUUAAGGAUUUGAAGUCACAUUUUAUAGUUUAUAGUUUUUUUUUUAGAAAAUGAGUACAGAGAUUGAAGACGUUGCAAAAUCAACAUCAGAUGAUGAUACAAUUCAAGAGUUCCACAAAGAGACAAGAUAUGCAUAUAAGAAAGGGUUUCUUUUAUCAUUAGCUGAAAUUGAUGAAUGCAAGAGGUUACCAAGUGGGUUUGAUUCAUCAAUUUUAUGUGAACUCAAUGCUGCAGCAACUACUAGAUCAACAUAUCUGCUUUAUGAUUCGGGCCGAAGGGAUGGCAUCCAAUCUCUCGAUUCAUGGCUGAAUCCUGCUAAUGGACUGCCACAACAGAAUCCUGCUAAUGAUCAUUCACAGCAGUAUCCUGUUUAUGGACAUCCACAGCAGAAUCCUGCGAAUGGACUUCUGGGAAACAGGUAUCUUCUUAGAGCACCUGUAUGUGUAGCUGGGUCAUCCGCUCAAAAUGUUCGAAGUUUUAAUCUGCUCAACAAAAGUAUUGCACCAUAUCGGCCUCCACACCUUUAUAAGAUGAACCUUCUUUCUGGGAGAGAGAGUAAAGAUGAAAAAAAUGGGGAAACAUUUGGUUUUACGGAGUGUCCAAGACUUGAGAGUGCAGAAGGUGAAAGGAGGGGAAGAGGGAAGGAACAUAAAAAUGGUGUUCAAGAGAACCGAAAGAAUAUUUCAGAUGAGCACAAGGAAAACUUGGACCCAGAUGUUGCCACUCUCCUGGAUGAUUUCAGAACCGAGAAGAGGCUUUUCAACAAGUGCACUCAAUCAGAGGAAUGUGCGCUAUCAUCAACACCAAGUGAUGCAAGCCCUUGUUCUUCCACACCAAGAACUAUAAUCAGCAAACUAUUACCCCAUGAGAUGAUGAGCAAGUGCAACGAAUCAGAGGAAUGCUUGGUGUCGUCAAAUAAAUAUGAUGCAAGGCCCUAUUAUUCCAUGCAAAGUUCUAUUCUCAGCAAACUGUUACCCCAUGAGCUGAUGAGCAAGUCUCCUGAGCAAAGUCUUGAAACAAAAUCCAACAAAAAGGCUAAACAACACGAGGUCACAAGUCUUCAGUUAGUCUCUGAUGAAAUUUGUUUGCCUGAUGAGGACAGUUUGAUUACUUCUGAUGACUUCAAACUACCAAUGGACUUGGUGUUAUUACCUGAAAGUAACGUGACUGAAACCGAUUUGUUUGCUUCUAGUUCAAGAAUGCCGGGAAAUGUUUCUCAGAUGCUAGCUGCUUUAAAUGUCCCAUUGGAUGAAAGAUCUCAAUCCAGCUUGGAAGUUCCUCCUACCUGUUCUGGUUCUGACAAUAUAAAUGGCUUAGAUACUUCUCAUGGAAAUCUGCGUGCCAGGCAAGAAUUCCCACAAUCCCAUCAUUCUCAGACAAACCAAAGCAGCGCUUUGUUCUGUCCUUCAGACUCUCAAAGAGCUCGUAGGAAUAAAUUCGAGCCCCAUUUGAAGAACCUUUCUUAUAACCAUCCUCCUAUCAGCUAUAUUCCUUUAUAUGUGCUUCCCCUAGACCCAUAUGAUGCAUCAACCAGCUUUGACAUUCCUACUAUGCAACCUUUGCCCCAGCAGAUCCUAGUUCCUGCUGAAUUUCCUCACCAAGUAAAUGGAUUACCAAGGGGACUAUCUUAUCCCCCCAUCAACGGAAUGGCUUCUUAUUCUCCUCUGAACUAUUGUCAUCAAACUUAUAGGGGCCCUACAACGACAAGUCCAGGUUCUCAUGUAGUUGCAAACAGUGAUCAAGCUGCCAUCAACAACAGGCUUCCAGAGAUGGAACAUAUAACCAACCAGAUGCAUCCUGGUUGGCCAUGGACAGGGAGUGUUCAACAAUUCAGCCGAUAGUUACUGGAAAGCAUCUUCUCAUACAUGUAUCUCAAGCCAUGGUAUGAGAAACUCGUACUUGUAAGAAGAUUUCUUUAGGAAUAGAUUGAUCCGUAGGUAUGAUUCCAUUUUGAGCCAGUAUUUGAGGAAGACACCAGAUUUAGUACUACGUCCUGAAACAUAAGAGGGUACAUAUUUCAGAAACAGAAGGGUAGGUGAAUAUACAGAUACAAUUAGCUCGCUUUAACAUGCUUGUUAAUCGUGAAGACAUUUGCAUGCUCCAGGUCACUGCAGACUCGAAUUCGAGUCUAAUACUCAUUAUCAUCAA